AGAACUUCAACAAGCAUUACCUCACUGAGAAGUUCCCAGAGUGGCUGAAGAAAUAUCUUGACUAUGGCAGGAGCUCUUUGCUAUGAACAGUCUAUACUUCUCCCACAGAGGAUAAGCUGACUGAGGUGCCUUCACUGACGUAAGGAAAAGACCAUGUCAGACAAAACGGUGAAGAUUGGAAUCAAUGGAUUUGGACGUAUCGGUCGCCUGGUGACCCGCGCCGCUGCUACUGGAGGCAAGAUCAAAGUGGUGGCUGUCAACGACCCCUUCAUCGAUCUGGACUACAUGGCCUACAUGUUCAAGUAUGACUCCACUCACGGCGUGUGGAAAGGAGAGGUGAAGACCGAGGCCGGCAAGCUGGUCAUCGGAGACAUGCACAUCACUGUCUUCCAGGUGAGAAACCCUGCCGAGAUCAAAUGGAGCGAUGCUGGCGUCGACUAUGUUGUGGAGUCCACGGGUGUGUUCACCACCAUCGAGAAAGCCUCUGCUCACCUGACGGGCGGAGCUAAGAGGGUGGUGAUCACCGCUCCCAGCGCUGAUGCUCCUAUGUUUGUCAUGGGCGUCAACCACGACAAGUACGACAACUCCAUGAAGAUUGUCAGCAACGCUUCCUGCACAACCAACUGCCUGGCUCCCCUCGCAAAGGUCAUCAACGACAACUUUGGCAUUGUUGAGGGUCUCAUGAGCACAAUUCACGCCGUCACAGCCACACAGAAGACCGUUGACGGUCCCUCCAGUAAGAAGUGGAGAGACGGACGUGGUGGCUUCCAGAACAUCAUCCCCGCCUCCACCGGAGCCGCCAAGGCCGUGGGCAAGGUCAUCCCUGAGCUGAAUGGAAAACUGACCGGUAUGGCUUUCCGUGUCCCCACCCCCAACGUCUCUGUUGUUGAUCUCACUGUGCGCCUGGAGAAGCCCGUCAAGUAUGAGGACAUCAAGAAGGUCAUCAAGGCUGCUGCUCAGGGACCAAUGAAGGGAAUUCUGGGAUACGCAGAGGACCAGGUUGUGUCCACAGACUUCAACAGCGACCCUCACUCCUCCACCUUUGACGCUGGCGCCGGCAUCGCUCUCAACGAAAACUUUGUCAAGCUGGUUUCAUGGUACGACAAUGAGUUCGGCUACAGCAACCGUGUGUGCGACCUGGUCCAGCACAUGUUCACCAAGGAGUAAAAUCCUCUGUUGACUCACCGUUCCUUCCCAUGAUUCCCGCCUCCUUCACCUGUAACUGGAUGCCGUGCCAUCUGCCCUCGGGAGCAAACUCACCCACGACAAAUGUCUCGCUGAUGAUAAAACCUUUUUAUAUGGUAGAGUCACCUCUGUUCUGUUCAGCAGUGAGGACUGCGGCAGGCAGUGUUUGUAGAGGUGACUGGUGUUGUACUGAAUGGCCUUGUUGCACUGAACAUCCACAGUGGCUCCUUUGCACUUAACAUGAUAAUAAAGUCCUCAGUUUGUGGAAAGA